AUGCUGCACGUCAUGAAUGCUCAGACUCACUUAGUCUCGCUUGCCCACCAGGGUGGAGCCUCGUGGCGUCUCCGUGGAGGAGACGCCGUGCGGGAGGCCACCCUGGCGCCGGAGCCGAAGAAGAAGAGGAGGAAGACGACGACGACGGGCGACGUGGAGCAGCCGGCAACGCCCGCUCCUGCUCGGGCUGAGACCCGGUUGCCUGAGGGCUGGCGGACAGCCCUCACCGGGGCAGAGCAGGAGGGGAUCGGCCGGGCGCUGUUCCAGCAGACCAGCGGGGGGCCCCGGCUGAACUAUACUCAGCCACCCGCCUCGGCGGCUGCCUUCUUCGCGUGUCGGUUGUUCCUCUGGGCGCCCCUGCACAUGUGGGGUCCCCGGCCGACAUGCUGCCAGAAACAUCUCACCAAGUGUGGGAUGUACAAGACCAUCCGGAAGGUCUUGGACAUCGACGGCUGGUACUUGAUGGCCACCGAGUACCUGGAGUGCCGUCGGUGUCGGAGGAAGGUAGCCGCCUGGUCGCAGGAGGUCGUGAGGCAGCUGGGAGAGGGGCAUCGCGCCCUCUUCCCGGCGAUCCUCACCUACAAGCUUGCCUGCGACCGGCGGGUCAUCAUCCAGCUGCGUGAGCGUACUCGGGGGAACAGCGCCACGCAGCUGCAAAAAAAACUCUGUGAGGCACACACAGAGGCCUGGAUGCGGCGGUCCAUACACUACCUCAGCGUCAUGGAGCCCUUCACGUCGACGGGUGUCGUGCGCCAGUGCACCCCACCGCCGAAACCAUCGCCAGACGUGCCGCAGUACGGCUGGCUGUUGGUGGUGUACUGCCACGACAUCCUGUCUCGCCUGGAGGACGUGAAGGCCCGGGUCACCUCAGUCUUCGGAUCCAUCUUGAAGAUGGAUUCGACCAAGAAGGUGACCCGGAAGCUCGCCGGUGCCGCCGCCCAUACCGCAGCCUGGGCGACCAACGUGGGCAACGAGCACGGGCAGGUGCUAAUGUCCGUGCUCACGGCCACCGAGGGGGGGUGGCCUGUUGCCCAUGGCCGCGGGGUUAAUGCGGCGGAGUGGGACAAGCUGGUGGUCCGGUUGGACAUUUGGCACCUGAUGCGACGCUACGCAUCAGGUGUCACAACCGAGAGCCACCAGCUCUACAAGCCCUUCCUGCAGCAGCUGUCCGCCAGUAUCUUCCUGUGGGACCCAGAGGACACAGCCCGGUUGCUCAACGCCAAGAGGAGGACGCUAGAGUGCGCAGGGGAUGACCUUCCUCGUCCGAAGCCGGAGUGUGGAGGCACGUCAAGCCGCAGGGAGAUGGCUCUCCAUUGCCGUCGCCGCACGCGUGGAGCUGCGGCGACCGAGCGGCUGAUUGAUGACCUCCUGCAAACCUUCGGCGGUGCCAACGGGCGAGACACCAUGGGGAUUCCCCUGCUGGACCGAGACCGCAUCCAGGCAGGCUGA